AUGGCAGAUGGGGACCGCGUCGGCAAGUUCUACGUCAAGUUUCACGGACCCAAGCAAACUCCGUACGAGGGAGGAGUUUGGAAAGUCCAUGUAGAGCUGCCGGAGAACUACCCAUACAAGAGCCCAAGUAUUGGUUUCAUCAACAGAUUAUACCACCCCAACGUCGAUGAAAUGUCUGGAAGCGUGUGCCUGGACGUGAUCAACCAAACGUGGAGCCCUAUGUACGACCUAACUAACAUUUUUGAAGUCUUCCUCCCGCAGCUUCUGACCUAUCCAAACCCGACCGACCCUCUCAAUGGGGAGGCUGCGGCCCUUCAGAUGCGGGAGCCAGACCGGUACAAACAAAAAGUGCGCGAGUACGUGCAAAGAUACGCCAAGCCCGAGGACUUCCCAUCUGGGUCCGCAGACGACAAGGAGGAUGACGACGACGCCUCCCGCUUCUCCAUGACGGAUUCAGAAGGAGAGGAUGACGUGCCGCUGCCAGGUGAUGUGGGCGCUUCUAAUCCGGCCGGUGCGAAAGACAUUGAGAAGUUAGAUAUUGGUCCUCUCGGACUGAUUUUGGGUCUUCGUUCAGAUGCGAUUCCCAUGGCACGAAUAAAAGGUCUGGCAGCAGACUAUCUCUUGGCUGCCGCAAUUUCAGAACUGCAGCAUUGGCAGGGUUCUUUGAAUUCUCAAUCGGAGAAAGCCGCACAAGUACAUACCCUCUCACUGAAGGCGUGGAAACCGACAGACCCGACAGACUGCGAUGCCGGCACUACCAUUGGACCCAAUCUGGUCGAAAGCCGGGAAGCAGUUGUCUACGGUCGUCGUCCCAUUGCUUUGCAACUAUCAAGGUUUCUGAGUUCCAGCUUAUCCGAGUGGCUUCCAUUCACAGUUUGCCGAAUGCUGCAAAACGAUUCCUUCACAGAAGCAUUAAGGGUUCUCUUGCUUUGCCCAAACGUUGAGGCAUUAUGGAAGAAGGUCCCGAGGUACGCCGUUAGUCUGUUACUUCGACAAAGGGACGCAGUAGGUUUGGAGUCUCUAGCUCUGCGUGUAAAUCAAUCCAAGAAGGAUCUUGUCGAUCAAGUUUGCGCUGAUGCUCUGGGUAUGGCGGCGAUGACAGACAUGGAUGGUUUUGACGUGAGGCCGACUGGUGCGAACGCCCUUAUUUUAGAAUCGCUUGGAAUGCCUUUGGGAACCACCGUUCGCAAACGUGCCGGAAAGAUUGUACAAAGAAUAAUCAUGGACAUUGGUGGAGAAAGAGAUCUUCAGGCUAGGCGGGCGCUAUUCUCAGUAGCCCAGAUUCUUCCAAUCUCCCGACAAGGAAGCAGUACAGAACCUAAUGUUGUGGGAGCCUUGGUAUCUACGCACUUCAUGCUUGUCAUGGAUGCUGUAAACCGAGGCCUCUUUAGUUCCAAGGCCUCUGAAUAG